AUGACAUUGGAGAAUGAGAUUCGACUACUAGAAGAUGAAAUAGCACGUCUGCGAGAUGAUGGACUCGUCACACCAAAUACUUCAACAAGUAGUGGAAUUGACGACUUGGAUAGGACGCUACAGGCAUUCCGAAGUAAUGAACGACUGCUGAAGUCGAAGGUGGAAAUGCUGACCGGGGAAAUUUCAAAGCGAGAUUGCGAAAUAUACACUCUUCAGUCGCGGUUAGAGAUGACUGACAAACAGCACCAAGAUCAAACACAUCACAUCAACGUACUGAAGGAGCAACUGAAGACAAGAGAGCAUAAAAUCAGUAUGUUAACUGCAGAUACAGAGGAUUUCCGUAAACGCUUGAAGGAGAAGGAAUCACAGUUGGAGAAGAAGGCGAAAGGAGCAUCCGCAACACAAGCAGCAAAGCGUCAACUAGAAGGCGAACUGACCGACCUGAAGGAUCAGCUGGAUAUCAAGGAGCGGAAGUUGUCGCUGCUGCAACGAAAGAUUGACAACCUAGAGGAUCUGCUCAAUGACAAGGAGGUACAGUUGGCUGCGUCGAAAGCAAGACUCUCCAGAAUUGGAGGCGAGACUAUCGUUGUGGAAGGCCAACUAACCACACAGGAAGAUGUUGUCAAAGAAAGGGAGAGACAAUUAGAAAGGUUGCGCAGUAUGCAGCAACGAGCCGGAGGAGAAUAUUCCGACGAAAUUGAAGCACAGAAGCGGCUGAUCUCUGACCUCAGAAACCGCAUCGAAACGCUGCAGAGAGAAGCUGAUGAGAAAACUAACCAAGUUCUGGAACUUCGUGAAGAGUUGAGUCAGCUACGCACGAAUAGGUUUAAAUACGAAACAGAAAUUAACCAGCUUCAGGCUCAAAUAAACCAGCGUGCUUCAGAAAUCAGCUCCCUACAAAUGGAGAAGCAGAUGCAACACAAGCAAAUCACCACGGAAUGUGAACUGAAAUACGCCCACCGUAUUGGUGAACUCGAGAGCCAAGUUAAUCAUUACAUGGAGAACAGCUCAAGGCUUCAAUCCGAAGUGGACCGGUUACUACGCAGUCUGGAUAGUGAGAAAUUCGAUAGGGAGAAGCAGUUGCAUGAAUUGCGGGAAGAGUUACACGAAACACAAAACAACCUGUCCAACAUCAAACGGACUCAGCAGACCGAAAGAAAGAAGCACACGCAGCAACUGGAGGAAACGCGGCAACGAGAAGAGAACGCUCGAUCGGAUGUCGAGAUACUCAAGGGUAUCAUGUCCGAGAAAGAUUCGCGUAUCAGGGAGUUGGAGCAAGCGCUCCGUGAGAGCGUUCGUCUGACAGCAGAACGGGAAAUUUACGCCUCUGGAAGGGACGAUGAAUCGAGACAGCUGGAACACCAGAGGGCAGCUGUGAUCGCAUCUCACCACGAGCUAAUUGCCCUAAUAAGCAAUCCUACCGGCGCCACGCUGGAUUACUCUGAUCCCCACACGCGUCAAGACACGUGCUCAAGUACCCCUCCGAAAGAACGCGGUGGUGUGGACGCGCGGACGAACAUGGUGACUGAACGAGCGAACGGAAAUUAUGCGCUUGCGCUGACACAACCCAAAAUGGCAUUGAGCCAACCGGGAAUGGUCAGAAGGGCCAACCAUGAAUUGACAUUAAAGGUAGCACAGUUGCAACUCGAUUUGGAUGACCGUGAACGGCAGCUUCGCGCGGUCGAACGGAUGCACACUACUGUUGGGGUCAGGCAAGGAAACGAGUUCUCCGAAAUGGCAGUGCUCAGGCGAGAACUGACAACCGCCAAAGCUGACAGAGAAGCAGAGCUGUCCAGUUUAACUGCACAGUUGGACAAAACUACACAGGAGAAAGCUGAGGUUUGCGCUGAAGUACAGGAGUUGCGAAGUUUAUUGGCAGAAAAGACCAAGCAGCUUCGCGCAGUGGAAGCGGAGAAAGACAAAGAAACGAUCGAUCGGGAGAAUAUGCAAAAGAAGUACGAAGCUGUGUUGACGCAGCUCAGCGAGAAAAGCGAAAAGCUACAGCGUUUGGAAGCUGAUUGUCAGAAAACCCACGUGGAAGAGUUGAAGAGGCAGUUGUCCGAAUUGGAAGACUUGAGACACCACACAACGUAUCUGCAAAAUACUAUUAAGGAGCGGGAGAAUCGUAUCGAGACUGUUGAAAAGGAAUCUUUCAAACUGCGCGAUGAGUUGAGUAACAUCCGAAGGCAGCUGAACUCAUCGGUCGCAGAAUUGAAGAGUUUACAAGAAGAAGGUGCCUACAGAGAGGAGCGUUUUCGUCAGAUGCAAGCCCAACAGAACGAAGAGUUAUCGCGGCUUCGUUCCAUAAACCAAGAGCAAGUCUCACGUAACAGUCAUCUAGAAAUGAAGUUGGAAGAGAAAGAGCACGAACUGAAGACGAGAGCCAGUGAAAUCCGCUGCCAACUGGAUGAAAUCACCCGGCUUCAAUCGUCGGUAGAAGAUGUGAAUAGCCGGUUGAGCGUUAGUCAGAAGAGAGCAGAGGAACGUGAAACCCGCUUGCGCAAGUUGGAGAGCGAAAAUUCCACUUACGAUGGCGUAUCGUCUGCCGUUAGCCAGGACUUGGAGCGAGUAAGAAGACAGCACGCUGAUUUGACACACACAUAUGAACAGACCUUGAAGCAACUAGAAGACUUGCAGAUUCAAUAUGAUCAAAUGACGCUGCAACGAAACGGUCUGAGAGCCCAGUUGGACGAAGAAAUUGAGAAACGCGCCAAACUUGAAGAGCAAUUACGCUCGAACGAGGAUCAGUGGAAGGCUCGAGUGUCCCAAGUGGAGAGUUCCGCUCAUUCUAAGCAACUAUUCAUGGAACUCACCGAUCUACGCAAUGAGUUGGAAAGAAAACAAGCACAGAUUGCGUGCCUGAGCAAAGAGCUCGAACUAUUUCAGUCGUCGUCUUCGGAGAGGGAGCGUUUGUCUGGAACUACCAGUCAACACCUUCAGCUUGUUGAUCUUCAGGUGCGGCUACGCCAAAUGACAGAGGAAAGGGACCAUGCAAAAGAACAGUUAAAUGAGGCGCUCACUCGUGCAGAGUCCACGUACUUGGAUGCCCAACAGCAGCUGAUCAUUGAAAAGCAAACAUUGCAGGAACGCCUCACGAAUCUAACCCAGAGCGCCCAUAAUGCCACGUCUGAGGCGGAUCGCUAUCAGAGGGAAGCACGACAAGCCAGCGCUCGAGUACAACAGCUAAGCAGACAGCUGCAGGAGACACAGAACAAUUGCGAUGCCAUUGCCCGUCAACGGGACAGCCUACAAGAUCAGCUAAAUCAGCUCAGGCGCAGUAUGGGUCGCAAUGGUUCUGGGGCUACAGGUACUCUCGCAAAUCUCUUUGGCAUGGGCACAUCUGGUUCAUUUGGUGCUACUGGAGGAAUGCGCCCUGCGUCUGCCGGUGCUGGUAGCUACGAUAACGCUGGACUGUUUUCGACAGGAGGAUCAAUGAGCCACCUCUCUCGUGAACUCGACCGGGUGCAUCGAGAAUACGAGGCAUUGCAGAAUCAAAUGAGGGAAGUCCAGGAAGUCAAAGAAGCAUCGGAAACUGAGGCAGAAAAUCUUCGUAAUGAGUUGCUGAAAAUCAAAGAAGAAGCACAGCAGCAGGAACUUAAAAUACGAGAAAUGCAGGAGUCCACAGACAAUGUGAAGCAAGAAAUGGAGAAUCGUUAUCGCCAAGAUCAGGAGAAAGCACAAAUGCAGCAGAACGAGACAAUGCAGAAAUUGAACUGGACGCAACAACAACUGAAUGAGCAGACUAAUCAGAUGCAACAAACCGUCAGUCAGCUCAACAGUGCUCGACAACGUUCGAGUGAGUUGGAACAAACUGUGAAGGAACUGACACAACGUCUGCAGUCUGCCGAACCACAAGCACAAUACCAGAGAAGUGAAUUGGAAAGUUAUCACCAAGCUCGUUCUGAGGGUAAUACCUUGAGAAACGAACUGCGAUCAAAAGAAGCUGAAAUAAAACAAUUGAACAUACAAUACGAUCAGCUGACACGUGAGUACGAAAAUCUCCAACGCAGCAUGGAACAAAUGACCAUUGAGUUGAGUACCGCCCAUGCUCAACUACAACAGUUGCGUGAUCUACCGUCUGUGGAACAGACUAUACAGUCGAGCAGAGAGACGAAUGAUGAGACAAUGCGGAUUAUGAAACAGGAAAUUAAAGAAGCUGCGGUUGUCAGGAAUCAAAUGGAACAGGAGCUUGCGAAAUUGCAAUCGGAAGUCCAGAUGACCAGAGGACAAUUGGACGAAAAAAUACAAGACAUAGCAAUUCUCGAAGGAUUUCGAACGAAACAGCAAGAAGAUAUUAGAAAUCUCCAAAGAGAGCUGCAAAUGGCGCGUGCGCAGCUUGAAGAUCUGGGUGGUUCAACGGAAGCUGAUUCAAACGGUGGAAAAUUGUCUUUAAAAGCAGAAAUCGACACUUUGAAGCGCGAGAUUUCAAGGCGUGACGACACAAUUACCGCGAUGGAGAGAGAUUGUCAAGAAAAACAUCUGCGUCGUCUGGAGGCAUUGCACACUCAGCUGCGCAGGUUUGAAGAGGAGACCGAAAACUUGAACAAAGUGUUGGACGAACAAAGAGCCGGAUUAGAGGAGCGUGAUCAUGUAAUCCGUCAACUCCGUUCACAGCAGGGGCAAGUCUCGAGUGUGGAAUUUGAGAAAUUACGCACUGAGCAUUCUCGAUGCAAGGAGCACAUUGAUCAACAGACAAAACGGAUUGAAACUCUUGCGAGGCAAAUUGAGAAUCAGUCAGACGAACUACUAGCAAUCAAGUUGGAAUCUUUAACAGCAUCCUUGUGUGAAAAAGAAGCAAACAUCGCGCUUAUGGAGUUGACAGCACCGAAGAAUGCGGCAUCUGAAAAAGCUCUUAACAAACUCCGUGCGGAGAAAGAUGAAUUGCAAAUCCAGCAGAAGCAAUUAGCAAACACUCGAGCCAUGUUGGAAGAGGAGAAAAAAUCCCGAAGAUGA